AUGCAAAAGCUGGAAUUCCUGCCCAACUCGCCCACGCUUAUGAACGCCGGCCGCGAGCUGCAACAACUUUCCGCGUGUUUUGUGUUGCCGGUGGAAGAUUCAUUGGAAUCCAUAUUCACCAAGGUCAAGCAGACUGCGCUCAUCCACAAAAGCGGCGGUGGAACCGGAUUCGCCUUUUCCCGAUUGAGGCCCGAGGGCGACGUUGUGGGCUCCACCGGCGGCGUCGCAUCCGGCCCGGUCAGCUUUAUCAACGCCUUUGAUGCCGCAACCGAUGUGGUGAAACAGGGUGGCACGCGCCGCGGCGCUAACAUGGGCAUACUGCAUGUCUCUCACCCCGACAUCCUGUCCUUCAUAUCCUCCAAAGAAGACGGAAAACACCUCACCAACUUCAAUAUCUCGGUCGCAGUAACCGAGGAUUUCAUGCAGAGGGUCCGGCUGGACCAGGAAUACGACCUCAUCAACCCUCGUACCGGACAGGUCGUGAGACAACUCAACGCCCGCGAAGUAUUCGAACGCAUGACCGAGUUGGCCUGGCGGACCGGCGACCCCGGUAUAGUGUUCCUGGACCGUAUCAACCGAGACAACCCCAACCCUCAAUUGGGCGAUAUAGAGUCCACCAAUCCAUGCGGCGAACAACCACUGUUGCCUUACGAAUCCUGCAACCUGGGUUCGCUGAACCUGGCCCGGAUGGUGACGUACACGAAUGACGACGUGAAGAUCGAUUGGGAUCGCAUGGCGGAAGUGAAUUACAACCGCCGUCCACAUGCUGGACAGCGUCAUCGACAUGAACGAGUAUCCAAUCCCUGA